AUGGUUCUCUUCAAGACUAAAUUUACUUUCCAAAAGCGGGUGAAACUUGCUCAAACUCUAUGGCUUCUUUCAUGGGUCAGUGUCCUAGUGGGGUGUCUGACCUUUGGCUUGGGGAUCUUCCUAAAGGUUCAACUAUGGAUACACAAUGAAGUGAUGGACAACACCAUGGCUCAUGCUGUUCCUAACACCGUAAUUGCUGCUGGACUUCUGGGAGUCUUGCUUGGUCUGUUUGCAUGCAAAAUCAGCCAGGACUCACUCGAUAUGGCCAAAUAUCCCAACUGGAAGUCUUUCAUGCUCCCUUAUUUUUUCAUGUACUUCUUGAGCUGUCUGCUCUGCCUGACUGCCCUUUUCCUUAGCAUUGUAAUGAGAGGAAGUUUGGAGGAAUCUUUGAAGAUUGGCUUGAGGAAUGGCAUUAGGUUCUACAAAGAUACUGACACCCCUGGUCGUUGUUACCAGAAACGGACCAUGGACAAGUUGCAAAUGGACUACCAGUGCUGUGGGAACAACCAGUACAAAGAUUGGUUUGAGGUUCAAUGGAUCAGCAACCGCUACCUGGACUUCUCCUCCAAGGAAGUAAAAGAUCGUAUUAAAAGCAAUGUGGAUGGCAAAUACCUAAUGGACAGUGUUCCAUUCAGCUGCUGUAACCCCAGCUCUCCUAGGCCCUGCAUUCAGAGCCAGAUCACCAAUAGCUCAGCCCAUUACAGCUACACCUACCAGACAGAUGAGCUGAACAUCUGGGUCAGAGGCUGCCGGGAGGCCUUGCUGAGCUACUACACUGGAAUUAUGGCCACAAAUGGGGCUGCUGUCACUUUGUUCUUCAUUCUGCAGGGCUCGGUUCUAGUGAGCAUGCGUCUUCUCCAAACUUCCAUGGAAAAGAUUACUGGUGUUGAAGAUGCCGAGACUGAUUCUGAAGGAUUUCUGCUGGAGAAGGGUUUAGUGGAGACCAUUAACAGUAACCUAGAGAAAACAAAAGCGCUCUUCAAGUCCAAUACUGAGGAAACUGGGGGUGGUGGUGGGGGAGGCCCCUGCUAGCUAAGUACAUCACAAACGGGUAGACUGAGACAUGUUCUGGAGAUUAAUGUAUAUAAACCCUAGAGAUAGUCCAAGGCUGCUUGUUGUAUACUGCAUGCUAUAUGGAAGACCCGGAGGUCCUGCUUGUGCCUGCAGCUGCCCAAGAGGAGUGAGGUAAUUUCAGGGGAGGCAGCCUCCUGCCAGCUGUAGCUGCCAAAAUGUAGA